AGAUAUUGUGUGAUGGUUUGAAAAGAAAAGGCGCAUACGAGAGCGAGCGAAUCACAGAGGUGCCAUCUAACUCUGACAAUACCACCGGGACAAACGUAUUUUCUUUUGCUAUGUAUUGGGUGCAUCUAGACGUACCUUCUUUCUUCAAUCUGGCCCCACUAAUGUUCGAUCAGCCAGUUCCACGGCUGUUGAGACCAUUGCCUCAAGGUUGUUAUCAACCAUGCCUCAUGGCGGCCAUGGCGGCAAUGGCGGAUGUUGAUGAUCGCCCAUUCAGUCACUCAGUACGACCGUGUGGCUCUCCAGCACGUUUUGGUUUGAGAUUACGGGCUGGUUUCGUGAGCCUCAGUUCUACAAGCUGGGCUUCUCGAAGUUCUAGAUGUACUUCCAUCGGCGCCCCAUCGCGUGUUAUACUCUCUCGUAAACAAGACCGUUGUCUUUCCACGUGGAUGGAUUACGAUGCGACAAAUCACGGCUCCUCGCGGAUAAUAAGCAUGGCCUUAUGCAGACGUCAGGCCAUGGCGGUCGUCACUUUCGUCUUGAUCGACCGAUCUUUUCCAGCCUUCUUGUACAGGGACCAGCCACCAUCGAACGCUAGACUCGUUUCUGAAGACAGCGGAAUGCAGAAUAUCCCAUCGGCGCGGCAACGAUUGCUUUUCUGGGAAAAUCUCUGUCUGUUGUACUCGGGAUCCUCAUGUCUGCUUGCCCACUAGGGAAGGAGCUGAUACGACUCGUACUGGCCUCGGGCCGACGUGAGAGUUGCACAAUGCCAUUGGCGACUGCAGGACAAUGAUGUGGUCGGUAUCAGUUUCCUCCAUUCCUCUUUUUCGUGUCUCACAUUGUGCGAGUCAAGCCGCGUGAAAGCUGGAUGACAAAUACCGGCUCCGAGGCGCUUCGAACCGUUACUGACAGAUCAUGUGGCAGAGACAUGUGAGCUGGUAUCAACGUCCAUCG